AAGCUCACACACACAUAGACACACACACACACGCACACACGCAGGGUGGACACGUGUAGUAAACACUCAGCAUGUCGGACAGAAAGACUUCGUCGGUGCCAGAUGAUGCGGACAGUCUCCGGAGAAGAUCCGCAGCUCAGGACUCCUCAGAGAUCUAUGUAGAUCCUGAACAGCAUCGUCGGUUUCCACGACGACAGUCCCAAACUGACAGACUUUGUGUUGGCCCCCAGCAUCCAGAGCUCGGGACGAUGGCAACACCCUCCCCAGAUGGUUCUGGUGCCCACUUCUACCACUACACGCCCAAAUGUUUCCUCACCAUCCACAGAGGUCACGGCACCUCAGCCCGGUCGACUCCGUCACAGAAUGGAGAGGAGGGUUGGCAUGAUGCCACCACCAAGACCACCAUCAGAGCUGAGAAUGAGGUGGAGGCUCACAGGGAAGCCAACAACUACAGGUUUGGCUUCAGGAAGUGGAAGGGCAACGUGACAGAGAAGCCAAUCGGGGAGAGAUCAGACAUCACCAAAGAGCUGUACACUGAUCUAAGUGUUGUUAGGCCUCAAGAAGGCUUGGCGGUUUCCUUUGGGAACAUAAUUUAUGUUUUUUUAUUUGGAUGGUGGAUAUCUUUAAUCUACUUCCUCAUUUGUCCUAUAAUGUUUCUAACUAUCUUUGGAGCUCCAUAUGGUAAACUUUGUUGGAAGUUGGCGUUGUACUUUAUUUGGCCAUUUGAAAAGUCCAUAGAAAAGGCCAAUGAUGCAAUGAAGAGUUCCAUCCUGAAGCCUCCAAAGUGUGACGUCAUUCCUGAGGAGGGGGACACCGAGGACAGCAAGGACAUGAUCCGAGACAAGGACUCCGCCCCCCUCUUGGUGUCUUCUCCCAUCUCUUUGGAGAUCCCGGUCCCAGAACCACCUGUCAGAAAAGCUUCAAAACACUGGUGUCGUGUCAGCACCUAUGUGUGGCUGCUCCUGGGUUACCCUGUGCUGGCUGUGGCCCACUCCGUCGCCUGUGUGCUCUCCUGGCUGCUGAUCUUCACCAUCCCUGUAGCCAAGAUGAAUGCUCGCACGCUGUCCACAGUGCUCCUCAUGGCACCAGAGGACGUCCAGAUCCAGAGACAGGAAAAGAAAAGUAGCUGUGAGAUCAGAGUCGUCUUAUACUGUUAUCAAGCAUCUAAUGUGCAUUACUGCAAAUACACAGUUCAAGGAAUCAACAUUUUCGCUCUCAACCUGCUUCCUCUGGUAUUGAUCACCCUGAUUGUUGGCUAUACUGACCCUGAUCAUAAUUACUUUAGUGCAGAGACCAAGUUUGCCACAGCCAUCACCUCUAUCAUCCCUCUGUCCUACUACAUCGGCAUGGGGAUAGCCAGCAUUUCUGCGCAGAGUAACUUUGCAGUGGGGGCGGUGGUGAAUGCCACAUUUGGCUCCAUCACAGAGAUGACGUUCUACAUCACAGCUCUGCUACAGGGUUACCACGCUAAUAACAAGUGCUACGAAGAGAUCGUCAAGGCAGCGCUCACCGGAACCUUACUUGGAUGUAUACUGUUCAUACCUGGUAUCUGUAUGAUCAUUGGGGGCAUUAAACACAGGGAGCAGAGGUUCAACAGUCGUUCAGCCGGAGUCAGUUCUGCUUUGCUUUUUAUAUCCGUAGGAGGUGUGUUUGCUCCAACCCUUUUCUCUAAGACCUUCGGUUAUCUGGUGUGUGAAAGCUGCACCAACAUCCCAAACAAUACCAGCGUACCCUUCAUCUGCAAGGACUGUCACUACGACACGAGUCGAACUGACCCACAUUUGAUUCUCUCCCAUAUUGAGCCUCUGGUGUACACAAUCUCUGUGCUGCUGCCUGCUGCGUACCUGAUCGGCCUCAUCUUCACACUGAAAACCCACUCCCACAUCUAUGAUAUCCACAUCAGUGAUGGCCAUGGUGGCCAUGCACAUGGUCAGUAUAAACAAGAGGACGCCAUCACCUGCCACCCCACUGGUGAGGUCACUGCUGGCCAUCUACACGCUGCCAACUCUUGUAUUAAUGACAGCAUUAUUGGCAGCUACCAGGUUACAACAGGAGGUCAUCAUGUGGUCCACUGGUCCCGGUGGAGGGCUCUGGCAGUGCUGAUUGUUGCCACGGUGCUGAUGGCCUGUUGCGCGGACCUCAGCACAGAGAACGUCAAGCCCAUUCUGACCAAUUCCUCCAUCUCCAAGUACUUCAUCGGUGUCACAGUGUUGGCCAUGGUGCCAGAGCUUCCUGAGAUCGUCAAUGGGAUCCAGUUUGCGCUGCAGAACAACAUCAGCCUGAGCCUUGAAGUGGGCAGUUGCAUUGCUAUCCAGGUCUGUAUGAUCCAGAUUCCACUGCUUAUCCUCUUCAAUGCAUUUUAUGAUGUCGGAUUUGUGCUUGUGUUCAGUGACAUUCAUCUCUGGGCCAGUAUCUUCAGCGUCAUUCUGGUCAACUACAUCUUCAUGGAUGGAAAAUGUGACUACUUUCAGGGCACCGCUCUAGUGGUGGUUUACCUCAUCCUUUUGGCACUUUAUUUCUUUGCUCCUUCUCCUCGCUCCUGUUGAUCAAGAAAAAUCACUGAAAGUCUGUUUUCUACAUGCACAUUACUGGAUGGUGUCUUUGUGCCGUUUGUUUUUGCUUGUAAUCGUUGUACUGUGUGGUUUAUAUUGAAAUUAAUAAAUGCAUUGUUUAUAAAA